AAGUUGGACACCACUCGUUCAUCAGAUCUUACCCAGAAACAACUUCACCCUAAAAUCACCAUGAAGUGCGACGCCGUCAUCGAGAAGAUCAAGGCCCGCGUGGCCGGAAUCGACGCCAACGGACCGCGCAAGGUUCUGGGAGUGUUCCAGCUGAACAUCGAAGCUGCUGAUGGUGUUCACGAGUUGGUGGUUGACCUGAAGGACCUGAAAGUGUACGAUGGCAAGGCCGCCGGUGCCGACGUCGUGAUCAACCUGAAGGACGAGGACUUUAUCGCGGUCGGCACGAAGGCCAUCUCGGUGCACGAUGCCGUCGGCCAGGGCAAGGUCAAGAUGAGCGGUGACGAGGCGCUGUUCCAGGCGCUGGUCGAUGCCAUCUAAAUUUGUCGUGACUGUCGAGACUCUCGGAUUGGAUUUGUGGAACAUUUAAGUUUAGGGUUGCAAAGUGUGUGAGCGUAAUUUGGGAACGUUUUCAAUAAAUUGUUAAGUUUGGGAAAAUGAAA